GAAAAAAUGAUCAUAUUUCCCUCCGCCAUCCGUUGUGAAAGGCGGCUUUAAUGGAGACCCUCGCUAUCCUUCGCGCUCCCUCACUCCUCGUUUCCUCCCGCUCGCCUCUCGGACGCCAUUACCGCUCCGGUGGAAACCCUAUGUUUCGGGUUGCCUGCUCUCCAGUUAGAUCUCAAGCGAUUGAUACGCCGAAAUCCGAAUACAAGCCUGGUAUCUUUGAUGGUCUGCUUCUGAAGGUUUUUAGGAAGAAAAUGGUGGAGGAGGUUGGAUGGGAUUCUGAGAAGCCUGGAUAUGGUGGGCUGAUUGAAGUUGCAAAUCGUCUUAUGAUGAAGGGGAAAAGCAAUUUGGAGACUGAGCAAUCUGCGGUCCGCAUACUACAAUCAUUGUUUCCUCCAUUCUUACUCAUUCUUUUUAAGAUGUUCAUAGCACCUAUAGGUGGUGGCAGAAUAGCGUCCAUGAUGGUUGCAAGAGCAACUGCACUUUCUUGUCAGUGGCUGAUGGGCCCAUGCUCAGUCAAUUUAGUUGAUCUGCCUGAUGGGUCCUCUUGCACCAGUGGGGUGUUUGUAGACAGGUGCAAGUAUCUGGAAGAAAGUAAAUGCAUUGGAAUUUGUAUUAACACAUGUAAACUGCCAACACAGACUUUCUUCAAGGAAUGCAUGGGAGUCCCACUACAUAUGGAGCCAAACUUCAGUGACCAUAGCUGCCAGUUCAACUUUGGAAUUCUGCCUCCACCACCGGCCACUGACAAAGCCCUCCAAGAGCCUUGCCUGGCCAUAUGCCCGAAUGCCAGCCGUCGCAGAGACCUCGGCAGAAGUGGUGACAUUGACCUAUGCCCAAAGCUAUAAAAAAACAUUCAGAAACCUGUUAUUGUUUUCGUUAUUCACAUGUACCACCGUGAUUCUGUAAGCGUAAGAUUAUAACUGCAAGCCGAUUGCACCAUAAAUCACGAAAGAUGUGCGCAGAUCUUUUCAAAUCCGUCAUCAGGCCAUCACAUUGUCCUGUCAAUAAUGGAUAAGCUUUUCGGUUUAAACUUUAA